AUGAGCCGACCUAACAUCACCCUCUACACCACGCAGACUCCCAAUGGGAUCAAGAUCUCCAUUGCGCUGGAGGAGCUGGGCUGGUUCCUGAAGAUCAACCCCAACGGCCGCAUCCCCGCCUUGACCGACACCUUCAGCGAUGGCCAGACAAUCCGCCUGUUCGAAUCGGGAGGCAUCCUGCAAUACCUGAUCGACCAGUAUGACCCCGACCACAAGAUCUCCUUCCCCAAGGGCAGCCGCGAAUACUACGAGAUGAACAACUGGCUCUUCUUCCAGAACGCCGGCGUCGGUCCUAUGCAGGGCCAGGCAAACCACUUUUCACGGUAUGCGCCCGAGCGCGUCGAGUACGGCAUCAACCGAUACGUGAACGAGACGCGUCGGCUGUACAGCGUCCUGGACAAGCACCUGGCCGAGUCCAAGUCCGGGUACCUGGUCGGGGAUCAUGUCUCGAUCGCCGAUAUUUCACACUGGGGCUGGGUGGCGAGCGCGGGAUGGGCCGGUGUCGAUAUCGACGAGUUCGUGCACCUGAAGGCGUGGGAGGAUCGUAUGGCCCAGCGAGCUGGUGUGGAGAAGGGCCGCCAUGUGCCUUCGCCACACACAAUCAAAGACCUUCUCAAGGACAAGGCCACGGCGGACAAGCUCGCAGCCGAGACCCGCUCGUGGGUGCAGCAGGGAAUGAAGGACGACGCCAAAAGCAAGGUGUAA